AUGGUGAACACUGAAGCAUCAUUUGAAGACCCGACAGACUUUGGCGACUUCGUGAAGGAUGAAGAUGAGGAACUCGAUCUCGAAGAGCUUGUUGAGCCAUGGCACAGGUACGAUCCACAGGACAACCAGUAUGUCCUCUAUCCCAUUCGCCUUGGGGAAGUGCUCAACGAGAGGUACCGGGUUGAACACAAGCUUGGCUUUGGUGGUGGCUCGACCGUCUGGAUGGCAUUCGACCUACAGGACAAGAAGGACGUGGCUCUCAAAGUCAUGGCCCUGGGGAAAUGGGGCGACAAUGAAACUCGAAUCCAGGAUGAGAUUAUCGAAACCGUACAAAAUACCUCCGGCCUGGUGAUCUAUACUGAGACUUUCUUUCUACGCCGCGACGAUGAAAGUGAACAUAGGGUCCUUGUGUUCCCUGUGAAAGGGCCGUCUAUCAGCACUCUUUCCCUCAAAAGAAUUCCUGUGGCAUCUCGCAUGUCUGCUGCUCGACAAUUACUGGAGACUGUGGCAAGUUUACAUGAAGCUGGAAUCAUACAUCGCGAUUUGAAUGCGAGGAACCGCAUGUGGGGAAUGGCUCCUCUCGAUAGUCUCAGCCGAAGCGCGAAGUUUGAGUCGCUGGGUCGACCUUUAAAGCAAACAAUACCAUUUGUCGAUCUCUGGAAGGAGGGCGAGCUAGUGAGCCCCGUCAAAGUCCCCGACGACCUUUGCACCGACGAAUUCUAUCUCUGUGAUUUCGGAUUAGCGAAGAAAAUAGACGACCUCACCACGCAACGCGGCUACCCACCUAUGCAUUAUUGCUCUCCAGAUCGACUUCAUAAACAAGAACCAAGUUUUGCCUGCGAUAUGUGGAGCUACAUGGUUGCUUUUUCUAUGCUCUACCUGAGAUUUCCUCCAUUUCCCACAUUCCUCGAGGGUGGAGUUGUAAGCGGGAUGGUCGAAUGCUUAGGCCCAUUACCCGCGCAUUGGAAAGGUCUCUACACGCACCCCGCGGGACUUGAUUCAUGGUAUGAUCAGUCUCAACCUGCUGAUCCAAAAUAUGCCCUUGCUGCGAAAAUUGCAUACUUUCGCCCCGGUGCUGAUCCGGUCGAGCGACAGCUUGUGCAAUCUAUCAUGUCGAAAGUCUUUGUCUAUGACCCUGAAAAACGGCCGACCGCAAACGAACUUUUGCGAGACCCUGCAUUUAGGGCUAUCAUGGACCGGUACGGGUGUUGGAACUUCAAGUGA